CAGUUAACUUUUUCGUUUGCAACAGCCCUCCCGGUUUCGCCUUUCCUCUGUUACCAGAGUUUCUCUCCCUCGUUCUGCUGACUUGCCUACGGUUUUGCGGCAGCUUGCUCGUCCUGGCUUGUAAUUCUCCGCUUUCCCCAGGACGUGUUCCUCAUGAUCCGGCGCCACAAGACCACCAUCUUCACGGACGCCAAGGAGUCGAGUACCGUGUUCGAGCUGAAGCGCAUCGUCGAGGGCAUCCUCAAGCGGCCACCCGACGAGCAGCGGCUGUACAAGGAUGACCAGCUUCUGGAUGACGGCAAGACACUGGGAGAGUGCGGCUUUACCAGUCAGACGGCCCGGCCGCAGGCCCCAGCCACUGUAGGGCUGGCCUUCCGAGCGGAUGAAGCUUUUGAGGCUCUGCGCAUCGAGCCCUUCUCCAGCCCACCUGAGCUGCCCGAUGUGAUGAAGCCACAGGACUCAGGAAGCAGCGCCAAUGAACAAGCGGUGCAGUGAGAGGGCCCUGGGCCCACCCCAGUGCCCACCCCCCUCAAUAAAAGAGAUUUGGGUGUC